AUGCAUUUUAAGGAAUCUCAGAAAGACUUCAAAAAUGAGCCAAGUAAAAGAAGAUUGUCAACCUCCACAAAUGGAGAAACUGAGGCGGAAGUCCAGGAACUGGUGGAUGAAGAGUACAGCGUUACCCCUGAUUCAUUAAGUACUGACGUUGGAACCUCCUGUGGCUCAGCUUUCGCCAUUGUGAAAAAGGACAGUAAAGAAAACCCGUACAGGAAGGAGGUUGAAAACGGAACGAUGACAAGAAAUGGCUUCAGCCGGCCCGGCGGCCCGGCCGCCAGGCACCGCUACGAGGUGGUGACGGAGCUGGGCCCGGAGGAGGUGCGCUGGUUCUUCAAGGAGGACAAGAAGACCUGGAAGCCCUUCAUCGGCUACGACUCGCUCCGCAUCGAGCUCGCCUUUCGGACCCUGCUGCAGGCCACGGGCGCCGGGCCCCAGGCCGAGGACCCCGACGGCGAGCAUGUGUGCGGCUCGGCGUCCCCCGCGGGCCCAGCCUGCAGCUCCGGCGAGGACGACGACGAUGACCACGCCUGCGGCUUCUGCCCGCGCGCGGCCCGGCACGAGCCCGAGAUGGAGGAGGUGGUGAACAUCGAGCCGGUGUGCGUGCGGGGCGGGCUCUACGAAGUGGACGUGACCCAAGGAGAAUGCUACCCAGUGUACUGGAACCAGGCUGAUAAAAUACCAGUAAUGCGUGGACAGUGGUUUAUUGAUGGCACGUGGCAACCUCUAGAGGAAGAAGAAAGUAAUUUAAUUGAGCAAGAACAUCUCAACCGUUUUAGGGGUCAGCAGAUGCAGGAAAUUUUUGAUAUUGAAGUGUCAAAACCCAUAGAUGGAAAAGAGGGCAGUGGGAUCAACUAUUCUGUUGUCUACCACCUCCCUCCUUUCUCCCUUCCUACUCUGUUCAAAUGGAGAGGAUAUAAGGAGAGUGCAGAUGCGACAGGUCUUAAAAGAAAGCGUUCCCAAGCUAUUCAUAGUUUCAAAUUGAGUCGAAACCAUGUAGACUGGCACAGUGUUGAUGAAGUAUAUCUUUAUAGUGAUGCAACAACAUCUAAAAUUGCAAGAACUGUUACUCAAAAGCUGGGGUUUUCUAAAGCAUCAAGUAGUGGGACCAGACUUCAUAGAGGUUAUGUAGAAGAAGCUACAUUAGAAGACAAGCCAUCACAGACUACCCAUAUUGUAUUUGUUGUGCAUGGCAUUGGGCAGAAAAUGGACCAAGGAAGAAUUAUCAAAAAUACGGCCAUGAUGAGAGAGGCUGCCAGAAAGAUAGAAGAAAAGCAUUUUUUCAAUCAUGCAACACAUGUUGAAUUUCUACCUGUUGAAUGGCGAUCAAAACUUACUCUUGAUGGAGACACUGUUGAUUCUAUUACUCCUGACAAAGUACGAGGUUUAAGGGAUAUGUUGAACAGCAGUGCAAUGGACAUAAUGUAUUACACUAGCCCACUUUAUAGGGAUGAACUAGUUAAAGGCCUCCAGCAAGAGCUGAAUCGAUUAUAUUCCCUUUUCUGUUCUCGGAAUCCAGACUUUGAAGAAAAAGGGGGUAAAGUCUCAAUAGUGUCACAUUCUUUGGGUUGUGUAAUCACUUAUGACAUAAUGACUGGCUGGAAUCCAGUUAGACUCUAUGAGCAGUUGCUGCAGAAGGAGGAAGAGUUGCCUGAUGAGCAAUGGAUGAGCUAUGAAAAGCGACAUCUGCUUGAUGAGCUCUACAUAACAAAACGACGGCUGCAGGAAAUUGAAGAACGACUGCAUGGAUUGAAGGCAUCAUCUGUGUCACAAACACCUGCCUUAAAAUUUAAAGUUGAGAAUUUCUUCUGUAUGGGAUCUCCACUAGCAGUUUUUUUGGCCUUGCGUGGCAUCCGCCCAGGAAGCAGUGGAAGUCAAGACCAUAUUUUGCCCAGAGAGAUUUGUAACCGGUUGCUAAAUAUUUUUCAUCCAACAGAUCCAGUGGCUUAUCGAUUAGAACCAUUAAUACUGAAACACUACAGCAACAUCUCACCUGUCCAGAUUCACUGGUACAAUACUUCAAAUCCUCUACCUUAUGAGCAUAUGAAGCCUAGCUUUCUCAACCCAGCAAAAGAACCUACCUCAGUUUCAGAGAAUGAAAGCAUCUCAACUAUACCAAGCCCAGUGACCUCACCAGUCCUCUCCCGCCGACACUAUGGGGAAUCCAUAACGAAUAUCGGCAAAGCAAGCAUAUUAGGGGCUGCUAGCAUUGGAAAGGGACUGGGAGGUAUGUUAUUCUCAAGAUUUGGACGUUCAUCUACACAAUCACCUGAGACAUCCAAAGACUUAAUAGAAGAAGAGAAGAAGCCAGCUACCUCCCCUCCGACUACAACUGUGGCAACACAGACCCUUCCGCACAGCAGCUCUGGCUUCCUUGAUUCUGCAUAUUUCAGACUUCAGGAAUCGUUCUUUAAUCUCCCACAACUGUUUUUUCCGGAAAAUGUAAUGCAGAAUAAAGAUAAUAGCCUCGUGGAACUGGAUCACAGGGUUGAUUUUGAACUCCGAGAAGGCCUGGUGGAGAGUCGCUACUGGUCAGCCGUCACAUCGCACACUGCGUACUGGUCCUCCUUGGAUGUUGCCCUCUUUCUCUUGACCUUCAUGUACAAACAUGAGCACGAUAAUGAUGCAAAAUCUGAUUUAGAACCAAUCUGAACCCUUGAAGGACAUUAUUGGCCCCAAACUGAUUUUUUUUUCCUGUUAAAUGUGUGUGUGUGUGUCAACACAUGGAGAUUUCAGGUUUAAGUAUGUUUCAAUUUUUGUUUAGAGCAAGAGAUAUUUAAAAGCACCUUAUUUUAUUUAAAGAAGAAAAAACAUUCUCAGACCCAAAGGAGUUAUUUAUGGAUUUAAUCGUUUUGAUUAUGAAUCUGAUAAAACCCUCUACAGAGCAUCAAGCAAGACCUGGAACUGAGGAAGGUUUGGGUGAACUGGUUGUAAAAGAUUAUAAAUCACGGUCUAAUUUCUCCCAGAUAGAGAAGUAUACUAAUAGGUUGGAGCUAAUGUAUUAACUGAAAUAUGUUAUAAAUCUCAAAUGGUGAAGAUCAUGAGGUGAUAUGAUUAUAGAUUUCUAUAAAAGCCUCCAUUUCCACUAUUUCUUUGAAGAAACUAACAGAUUUAAAAUGUCUUGAAUUUAACUUUAGAAAACCUAAUGCUGAAAAAGAAACAAUAUUGGAACUCUACUGUAUUUAUAAUGUAUUACCUCUGACUAAUUGUUUCUUCCAGUGUAUGAAAAAUUGCAUAUUUUUUACCAUUUCCUUUUAACAUAAUUUAAGAACAACAUUUAUUUUCUAUGUUGUUAAGACCCUUUUUUUCUUAAAACUCUAUCUUUGUACUCUUCAGAUGAAUAUAUAGACACUGUGGCAUACUUCCAGUAUUUUUUUUCCAUUAAACAUAUGGUUUUGCAUAAUAACAGGCUCAGUUAUUAAAACAAAAAACAUUUUAUUUCACAUUUAUGUACCUCAGAGAAACCUAAAGUUUGCUAGACUUGACAUAGACUACACCAUAAAGGAUAUAUUUAAUUACUUUUAUUGAAAAAUUAGUGAACAACUUUGGCAGUAUGGAGUGUGACAACUAUUUUAAAUACAUAAAUAUUUCUGUGCCAAACAGUUAACCGCAUGAAGGGCUGGAGUGCCACUAACAUUUGAUUGUCACAGUGUUUAGGAAGGCAUGAUCAACACAUACAGCACAGGCAGUCAGGUUUCUGAGGGAUUUCCCUCUGCUGUGAAAGUUUCCACAGUGCUUUUUCAUCUGAGGAGCUCAAAGUGCUUUACAAAGUAUACAUUCAGUAAUCUUUGUCGUAGCUCCAGGAGGUAAGUAAAUGAGUGUUAUUCUCAUCACAUGUUAAUAGACUAAGGCACCGAACAUUUAAAGUGCCUUGAAUUAGCUUACAUAGCAAAUCUGGUGACUGAUAAUUCACAUAUUACCUCUUAGAGGUUUGCACAGAGUAAUAGUAAUAGAAGUCGCAAUCCACAGUUUAGGAUAAUGGCUGUAAAACCAACAUUUUACCAUAUUUGUCUUACACAUUCUUGAGCUGUCAAACACAAAGAGAUGGUUGGAGGGAAUUAGUAGGCAUCUCUCAGUGGUCCCACUAGGGUCCCUUUAAGGUGCUGUCUUUGCUCACCUUGCAAAGACUCUCCGAGCUCUCCUAUGACCACUGUCAAACUGGAGCAAAGCCGAUUAGUUGCACAUCAUACUUACUCCUUUCUUUAUAAGAAAGUAGGGUCUUUGACUGACUUUUGGUUUUCUUCUGCACCAUCAGUAUUCUUUUCGGUCUUGGCCUUUAAUUGAAUUUGCACAAACUAUAACGCUUCUUUUUAGUAUUUAAAAUUUUCUUAAGCUUUCAUGACCGAGUAUGUGACUCACUAAGGAACCCUUUCUAUAAAAGGCGUGUCAUAAGAUCUUAGAAUCUUGAUUUCAAAUGUAGAGAUUUCUAUGAACUCAGGUCAUUUUCAUAGCUUGUUUAUUUCAUAGGUCUAAAUCCUUAGGAAAAUUACUUGUGUCAUUUGACUCAUCACUUAAAGGGCUUGAGCGUAUGUUACUGCGGGUAGUGUGACAGUCAGAUGCCUAAAAGCUUUGUGGGACUCAUCCUUAACCACUGGAAUGUGAAGAACCCUGUUUACCUGAGAAGAGAAAAAGCCUAUCACACUAUUCAGUUUGAUAUUAUUGAAUAAAAAUUAGGUUCUCAGAGCCAUGGGAAUAAUGUAUGUUUCCUUUUAUUUUUCCAAUGAGAAAACAAAGUCAAAUUUAAUCUCUCUCAGUUCAUUUGAAUUAUGGAAAAAGGCAUCAUUUCAAACUCUGUUUUCAAAAUGAGACCGCCUGGGCUAAACAGGUGUCUUGUUUUCUUUUUGUUGUUGUUAUUUUAUUUUUUAUUUUUUUUGGCGUCUUGUUUCCAAUACAUUAUUUUACAAAUCGGAAAAGUGGUUUUGAUUUUAUAGUACUCUUGUUUCCAUGUCUGCCGCAUGUUAUCAUGGGAUGUACUUGUAUAUACUCAAGUAAUACACACAGUAUGUGUAAUUCUGGCUUGAUUUAGAAGCUAAGUCAGUUACUGAGUAACAUCUUGCAACUUUAUUCUAGUAAGUACUAAAUUUGGCCAAAAAGUUUUAUUUUUUAUACUAUUAAAAUGUUAUUCUCCA